GGAAGGAAUACAAUAGACUGAGCUGUGCCAACACAACCCCCAGCGUCUUGUCUGCUGCUGCUGUUGCUGUCCACUUGCUCGGGGCUGGGAUCAGACUGAAGGGCAGAUGUGACACGAUGAAGCAUUGGGGAUACAGGGAAGGAGCAGCCCGUGUGUCCGGGUGAUUCCAGCAGCAGCAGAAGCAGAAGGGGUGUCUGUAUGGGUACAAGGGCUGCGAGCAGGGGAGUGAGCUGUUGCCUCUAUAGAAGCCGAUCGCCCGUACCAGCCGCUGCCGCGAUGCUGUCGCUGUGAUGUUGUCGCUGUCGCUGAAUGAGGAGCCAUGGAGAGCCGCGGCUUGGUCACUGCUGUCAGCCUGACUCUGAGUAUCUGCUCGCUGCUCCUCCUCGUCACUGCCAUCUUCACCGACCACUGGUACGAGACGGACACCCGCAAACACAAGGAGAUGUGCGACAGUCAGGGCAACUCCGACCCCACGGAGCAGAAGAACAGGCUCAUGCCGCUCUACCAGCUGCCCUUCCGCGGCGACCCCUCCAACACUCGCAGGCUGGGGCUGCUCUCUCCUGCUCCGGCUGGGGGGGUCAGGGAGCCGGAGGAUCUGCUGGAGAACUGGAGGUCCCUCUUGGGACUGGGGGUGUUGGAGUCGGACUGCGGGCGACCCCUCUUUUCUACCUACUCCGGCCUCUGGAGAAAAUGCUACAUAAUGGGCAUCGACAAGGACAUUGACAGCCUCAUCAUCAAAGGGAUUGCCCAGAAAUGCACAGCGAUCAAGUACCACUUCUCACAUCCGAUUCGCCUGCGCAACAUCCCAUUCAACUUGACCAGGGCAAUUCAGCAAGAUGAGUGGCACCUUUUACAUUUAAGAAGAAUAACGGCAGGAUUCCUGGGCAUGGCAGCAGCUGUUCUCCUGUGUGGAUGCAUUGUGGCAGCAAUCAGCUUUUUCUGGGAAGAGAGCCUUACACAGCACGUGGCUGGACUUCUCUUUCUCAUGACAGGAAUAUUUUGUACAAUCUCCUUAUGUACUUAUGCAGCCAGUGUCGCUUAUGAGCUGAAUCGCCAGCCAAAAUUUAUUUAUGGGCUUCCCAGUGAUGUUGAACAUGGAUACAGCUGGUCUUUAUUUUGUGCUUGGUGCAGUCUGGGCUUGAUCGUGGCAGCAGGGUGUCUCUGUACAGCCUACCCCUUUAUCAGCAGGACCAAGAUUUUGCAUCUAAAGUUUGCCAGAGACUCGUGUGUAUGAUUAAUGACUGCAGGGUUCAUGACUUUGUUGUCAACCACAAGCUUUUCUGCGCACUCCAGUUGCUCUAUGGAUGAAUAGAAUCUAUAAAUCCAUUUCGUAAGCACAAAUAUUGAACGUUUUAACAAAUCACUACUGGAAUGGUUACAUAGCAUCCCAAUAUUAAAGCUAACUCUUGUACGUCAUGCAGUGGCCUUACAUUGAACCACUGUAGGACCUUUUCUUCGCCCUUAUAGCCCACAUGCGUUCCUCAGCAAACCAGACCCCCGGAUCUCGCACAAGAAAAAAGUGACUCCACUUUCAUGGGGAUAAACUGGUCCAAGCAUGGAAAAACUGUGCAAGUUCAAGUGCUUUAACCAAUCAUUAUUUAUGCAACAUAUGUAUGUCUCAGUGUAAGAGGAAGAAAAAUGCCUGUAAAGGAACAGUGUUUGUUGCAGUUUCUGAUCCCUUUGCUUGUUGUUUACUUGCAACAGACAAAAAAUAAAUUAAUUAAUUUAAAAAAAACGCAUCACUUGUGAGAUGAACCUGGAGAAAAUAAAACCAAUAUGUUGUUACUCCUAAA